UAAAGACGUAGUUUGCAUCAUAGAAAAGGUAUGCUAUAAUUGUUUGACAUGGUUUUUUCCACCUUUAAUCCGGACUGUUUAAUUCUAAACCCAUUUUAAUCAAACCAAACUACUCUUCCUUCGUUUUAUAUCGUUUUUUGAUGAAAUGAUCAUAUCAAAUCUUUUACAGGGAAAUCAAAUAUGCAAAGCGACUGAAACUCGAAAAACGGCUGACGUAAACGUUCCUUCACACGAACCGUAUAUACCAACAAUACAACCAUCAAGUUUUUAUAAUUGUUCAUCCCUGCAUUGUGAUCCCAUUAAACUUGACUCAAUAACACAAAUAUCAAACCUGGCCCAAAAGCUAAGGUUUUGUUUUCUAGAAGGGAAAAAGUACACAUGUCAAAAAUUAAAAUAUCAAAGCUUCAAAAACAUAGAUAAGUUACUAUUUUUAUCAAACAAUAUACCAAACAAAGUGUUCUAUUUUGUUGACUGUUUGUUGUACUCGGACGGGGCGCGUGUGUGCCAUAGAAAGGACGAGACGGAUUCUCACGCCAAAUUAGUCGAUACUGGGAACAUUGUGCGACCGAACGAAGCCAACAUUCUUUCGCAGGAUGAAUUUAUAUGCGAACAGAGUGAAGACAAAAGAAUUACAUGUGAUUUCAAUCAAUAUGUGCCGUAUAAUGAUGAGCAUAAUUUAAAGGAAUCAUUAAAAACGAAAUCUAACGUACUCUUAAAAACCGGUACCUUUCUAGUGAACCUCGACUACAAUUGUCUGACUUCCUGGUGUGGGUAUUCCGGGGAAGUUUCUGCUACUCGCAGAAUAGAGCAUUACGAGCCACCGGGAGGAAAAGUGUACCGCUGCUAUUACGCAAAAGGGCAACAGGCUUGCAAGGAAUUAUACGGUAGAAUGAGGUCAGUUUACAACGACCGAGAUUGGUUAAGUUCUUGAGACAUGAUACGAGAGACAAUUUAUAUAAUACACUUUACAAAUACCAUUGGCAAAUGUUGCUUGAAUUUAGAAGUUAUUCUUUAUGAAGCUAGUGAAAUAAAUGGACGCAAACAUAUAACCACAUACACAUAAAGUGGGGAACAAUUAUUAUUGUGUGUAGCCCCCACAAGUAAACUACUAAAGGGAGAAGACAAAUUUAAUUAUCAAAAACAAAUCAUGAAAAAAUAAUCAAAGUACCUAUUAUUGGAAAUACCUUAAUCCUCCAUCAUUUCUAUUCAUAAAUAAUCUUAAAACGAGGCGUAAAACCACAACAAAAUCAUAACAAUGAAUACUUGUACGUAUUGUUCCUAGUAAGGUAGGUUAGUUCUGC